CAAGCACAAAGUUUAUUUUCGAUUGACAUCAUGAUAUUGGCUACGCGUCGUAUUGCUCCUGUCGUGUCCACCCUACGACCAGCAGCGCAUAUACCUCAAACCAACAUACAACCAAGAACUAUCAACUACGUACAUACUCGCACAUUCUCGGCCUCGAUUUCGUCUUACGCAACUAUGGAGCACGUAUUCUCUCCCAAGGCAGUCGCUCCUAUUGGUCCAUACACCCAAGCCAUCAAAGCAAACGACAUGGUCUUCCUCUCGGGCCAAAUCCCCGCCGACUCGCAGGCUAAGCUCAUAGAAGGAACUAUUGCUGAAAAGACGCACAAGAUGUGUCAGAACGCAAAGGCUGUUCUAGAGGCAGCAGGCUCCAGCCUAGAUAAGGCUGUUAGGGUAACAGUUUACUUUCAAAAUAUGGAUGACAUGAAGGAAAUGAACGAGGUUUAUGCUGAGUAUUUUCCACACAAGCCUGCUCGAAGUGCUUGUGAAUCCCCGAGACUCCCUGCUGGUGCGAGCAUGGAGAUGGAUAUUAUUGCGCUGCAAUAGAUUUUCCAAUAUCCAAUAGCAUUGAUUAUUCCUAAACAGUCUGACAUGAACUCUUUAUUGAUCCUUAUUAUUAUCCCAAAUUGGGCAUUUACUAUUCCUCUGUUUGGCCAUCUUCUUCUUCCUCAUUUCCAAACUCAUCAUCUGACGAUAAAUAAACCUUAUUAAACCUCACAUAGUGAAACCAGCUCUAGGGCCAUAGAAGCCUGUCAGCAGGAUCAGGCCAGCAGCCUUCAUCACGUUGGAUUGUAUUCUGAGCAGUACCUCGCG